CCGCUUGCCCGAGUGAGCGCGCCGCUGUGGGGCCGCCGUCUCCGUGCGCUCUGACUGGAGGGGGCUGGCUCUCCUGAUUGAAUCCAGCUGUUGGGAAAGUGCUCGGAGGGGGCCCGUUAAUUUGCAUUGCUAAAUAAUCUGUAGCGCCGACAGAGCGGGGAAGAAGCAGAACAGUCCAUUUUGAAAAAGCAUUCUUCCAACACUUGGUCAAUGUACUGGAGCUUCAGCUCGACCAGGCAGCGGUUAAUGAAAACCUGGUGUCGGCUUUCGCGUAAAGGCGCAUAGUUGGGGGUGGUGGUGAGAGUCCUGCUGAGUAGUGGCGAGGGGAUUCAAAUUUACGGGUCGUUUCAAAUCUUUCCUUUGAGAGAACUCAGUUGGAGUCGUAAACCAUGCAUUUAGAAGGACGUGGCCUCAGGUUUUGCUCUCCUUCAAGGAUGCUGACAGCUCUGGUAUUUAUUCUGCUUUGUGUCCAGCCUGGGCGCGGACAGACCUGCACAGAAGGUUUCGCAUUUGAACGCAGAACAAGACAGUGUAUAGAUGUGGACGAGUGCCGUACCAUGCCAGAUGCUUGCCGAGGAGACAUGCGCUGUGUGAACCAGAACGGAGGUUACCUAUGCCUCCCGAGGAACUUGUACAACCAGCCUUACAGACCGGAUCCCAUAGUGCCUGAGCCGGUUUACCCGGACCCUUCAGGUGGAUUUUCAGACUCUUUCGUCCCAUCUCCCCCAAGAUCUGUGGAGCCCAGCUACCCAAGAGUGAUCAGCACUGCGCAAUGUAUCCUGGGAUAUACUCUUGCAGAGGAUGGCACCUGUAACGACAUUGAUGAAUGCGAGACAAACUCUCACCACUGUAACCCCACCCAGGUCUGUAUCAACACAGCAGGUGGCUACACAUGCUCCUGCACUGAAGGUUACUGGCUCCUUGGUGGACAGUGUCAGGAUAUUGAUGAAUGCCGCUAUGGUUACUGCCAGCAGCUGUGUGCCAACGUGCCCGGCUCAUAUUCUUGUUCCUGUAAUCCUGGCUUCAUCCUCAAUCCAGACAGCCGGACCUGUCAAGAUGUGGAUGAGUGUGCAGAUGAACCUUGUAGCCAUGGCUGCUUGAAUACCUACGGGUCCUACAUGUGCAACUGUGACGAAGGAUUUGAGCUGGCAUCUGAUGGUACUACUUGCAUCGACUUGGAUGAGUGCAGUUUCUCUGAGUUUCUGUGUCAGUACAGAUGUAUCAACAUCCCCGGUUCUUACUCCUGCAUCUGUCCACCUGGAUAUUAUAUAUAUGAGGACGGCAGGAGCUGUGAGGAUGUCAAUGAAUGUGACACUGGUAACAACACCUGUACAACAGCACAAGUGUGUUUCAAUUUCCAGGGAAGCUAUACAUGCCUGAAUCCUUUACAGUGCAACCCUCCUUACGUCGAAGUUAGUGACAAUCAGUGUAUGUGUUCUGCUGAGAACCCUGCCUGCAGGGAUAAGCCCUUCACCAUUUUGUACCGACACAUGGACAUGUCGUCGGGGCGCAGUGUGCCUGCAGAUAUCUUCCAGAUGCAGGCCACCACGCGCUAUCCCGGCGCCUUCUACAUCUUCCAAAUAAAGUCGGGCAACGAUGGGCGAGAGUUUUACAUGAGGGUACGUUUUUCAGAGACCCAUCAACAGACGAUAUGGCAGAUGGAAGACUUUAAUGCACUAUAUUAA